GGUAGGGUUGCAAAAUGAUGGUACGGUAGGGUUGCAAAAUGAUGGUACGGUAGGGUUGCAAAAUGAUGGUACGGUAGGGUUGCAAAAUGAUGGUACGGUAGGGUUGCAAAAUGAUGGUACGGUAGGGUUGCAAAAUGAUGGUACGGUAGGGUUGCAAAAUGAUGGUACCGUAGGGUUGCAAAAUGAUGGUACGGUAGGGUUGCAAAAUGAUGGUACGGUAGGGGUUGCAAAAUGAUGGUAACUUUCCUUAAAUUCCCCAGUUUUCCAGAAAUGAGGAUUCUGGAUUUCCUGCUCAUUCCCUCCUGAUUCCAGGAAUCCUCCAACUGAGAUUACUGGAAAACCUGUGAAUUUGAGAAAAGUUACCAGAAAUGUGCAAUUCUAAUAGUGACCAACAUGUAUAUAUAUACAUGACGUGGUUCCAUGACUCUCCUUCGUAGGUCUGCUCAUGGAAAACAGCCUUCUUCAUCAGUCUUCUGGGGAUUCUCAUGCUGGUACUUGCCCUGGUAGGACUUGUAUGUUAUACACGAUUGUGUGUCACUGUACACGGGUCUGAGGUGGGACUUCAGAAACGGAUAGUUCUGCUGGGGAAGUCUGGAUCAGAGAAGAGAGCAUCAGGAAACACCAUCCUGGGAAGAGAGGCCUUUAGAGUGGAGGCUUCGCCUUCGUAUGGGCCACAGUGUGAGGAACAAGAUGCUGUUGUGGGCCCAAAUAACAUAACUAUGAUUAACACCCCAGAUGUGUUGCCAUCUGAGGAAGUUGCAGGUAAAGUAGCUCAAUGCAUCAACAUCUCAACACCGCACGUGUUCCUGCUGGUGGUCAGGUUGUGCAACUGGUGCACAGAAGAGGAGAAGAAAACGGUCAAAUGGAUGAAUGAGAACUUUGAGGAGGGGGCCCUUAAAUACACCAUGGUGCUGUUCACUGGUGGAGACCAGCUAGAAGGGAAACCAGUGGAGGAGUAUCUAAAGGACAACAAUGAUUCCUUAAAGCUUCUCAGUAUGUGUGGUGGUAGACAUCACGUCUUCAUUAACAAAGAAAAGGAUGACCUCACUCAGGUCAAAGAGCUGCUGGAGAAGAUAGACGGAUUAUUGAAUGAGAAUAGGGGAUACUAUCAUGUGACAAACAUCUUGACCCGGAGGGCGGAGGAGAUCAGGAGGAGGGAGGAGGCUCUGAGAAAGAUACUGGAACAGGAGGUUAGAAAGAGGGAUGCAGCCAUAGCAACGAUAAGAGAGGAGGAGGAGAAAAGGAGGGAGACUGAAGAGAGAAAAGUCUGUGAGGGGGAAGAUGAAGGGAGGAAGGUCAUUGAUAAUCUGGCAUUGAAAGUCUCAGGCUCAAAAAUGUAUGUAGGCGUAACAGUGAUCACAAUGAUCAUACUGAUUGUCCUUUAAUGAUGCUAAACUGAAUAUUAGGGAGUCUCUUCAUUCAUCAUCUGAACAUUAGGGAGUCUCUUCAUUCAUCAUCUGAACAUUAGGGAGUCUCUUCAUUCAUCAUCUGAACAUUAGGGAGUCUCUUCAAUCAUCUUCUGAACAUUAGAGAGUCUCUUCAUUCAUCAUCUGAACAUUAGAGAGUCUCUUCAUUCAUCAUCUGAACAUUAGAGAGUCUCUUCAAUCAUCAUCUGAACAUUAGAGAGUCUCUUCAUUCAUCAUCUGAACAUUAGAGAGUCUCUUCAUUCAUCAUCUGAACAUUAGAGAGUCUCUUCAUUCAUCAUCUGAACAUUAGAGAGUCUCUUCAAUCAUCAUCUGAACAUUAGAGAGUCUCUUCAUUCAUCAUCUGAACAUUAGAGAGUCUCUUCAUUCAUCAUCUGGACAUUAGAGAGUCUCUUCAAUCAUCAUCUGGACAUUAGAGAGUCUCUUCAAUCAUCUUCUGAACAUUAGAGAGUCUCUUCAUUCAUCAUCUGGACAUUAGAGAGUCUCUUCAAUCAUCAUCUGGACAUUAGAGAGUCUCUUCAAUCAUCAUCUGAACAUUAGAGAGUCUCUUCAUUCAUCAUCUGAACAUCAUCAUCUGGACAUUAGAGAGUCUCUUCAAUCAUCAUCUGAACAUUAGAGAGUCUCUUCAAUCAUCAUCUGAACAUUAGAGAGUCUCUUCAUUCAUCAUCUGAACAUCAUCAUCUGGACAUUAGAGAGUCUCUUCAAUCAUCUUCUGAACAUUAGAGAGUCUCUUCAAUCAUCAUCUGAACAUUAAAGAGUCUCUUCAAUCAUCAUCUGAACAUUAGGAAGUCUCUUCAUUCAUCAUCUGAACAUUAGAGAGUCUCUUCAAUCAUCAUCUGAACAUUAGGGAGUCUCUUCAUUCAUCAUCUGAACAUUAGGGAGUCUCUUCAUUCAUCAUCUGAACAUUAGAGAGUCUCUUCAUUCAUCAUCUGAACAUUAGGGAGUCUCUUCAUUCAUCAUCUGAACAUUAGAGAGUCUCUUCAUUCAUCAUCUGAACAUUAGGGAGUCUCUUCAAUCAUCAUCUGAACAUUAGGGAGUCUCUUCAUUCAUCAUCUGAACAUUAGGGAGUCUCUUCAUUCAUCAUCUGAA